AUGCCUUCUACCGAUGCCCUUCAGCCACCUCUUACUCCUGCCGAGCGCGCCAUUGUCAAAAGCUAUGGCGGGUGGACGCAGUUCAUGACUUGCUUCGGCCUCAAACCGUGGGAAACUGAAGACGAAGAGGAAGGGAAGAGGAUCCUAGAGACAUUUACCGCGAACUCUGAGGAGGAGAAUGCAUAG